UAUCGACACGACACAGUGUUAUAUAAAGGAAAGCUUUAUGUGAUCGCUGGAGGUAACGAGAUAGAGACGCAUCCCAUGUGGCCGAUGCCCGUAUUCGAUCUGACCACAAACAAAUGGUCUUUCAUACAGUUUUCCGGUGUAACACCGCCGCUGUUUCAUGUGUACGUGGUUGGAGGGCUGCGGGAGGUGCGACCAGCUAUCAAUCCGGAAAUCUACCGUCUCGAUUUGGAAAACCAUGUUUGUCAUCUCGUGGGCAGACAGGAAUCCCCCGCCUAUUUCCACGAUAUUGUCUAUGUUCCUCAUUCCAAUGAAUUGUACUGUUUCGGUGGAACAAAUCGUAUCGACCCGGUCACCCGUACCAACGAAUUACACCGCUUCCGGCUGCAUUGCCGACCGUUAGCCCUAAUGGAACUGGCAUGGAAUAAAUUGUUGACACUCCUUUGCUCUCCUGAUCUGGAGCUCCUCUCCAUCCAACGGUAUAUCACAACAAUAACAGAAACACCCAACGAUACGCUUCUGUUCAUUUCUGACCGUCUCCAAUGUGUUCGUGCCAGACCAAGCGCUAGGUUGGCUGCUGUCCCACGGAAUUUGCACCAUCUACCUCAUCAGAUCCAUACGGCCAUUUUUCGUGUUUCCGCGGUCGUUCUCUUGAUCACGUAUGGUUUUCAUUUGGGUCUUCAUUCGGUUCAGUCAGUUCUGUCACAUGAAGACAUGAUCAAUGCUCUUGAACAGGUGAUAUCUGGCGACAAAACUGGACUGUCAAAGUUAAUGGAACGUCUGUCACAAGGUUUACAAAUCACCAGUAGUUACGAAUCUGGGGGUGACUCUCGGGCAAGUAUCAGGUUGUCUGUUUCAGGGGCAACUCCUCAGACCCCGAUUCCUUUCUCCGUCCCAGAGAUCAAAGCAGACACACGGUUGCCGAUUACCACGGCGGUAGACAAGCUGUUCUACACAUUCCUACUGUAUUUGCUCAACAUACCGGAUCGUCUUAUUCGUCGCCUUCCAGACGGUCUUUACUACUUGCAUUAUGUGGUGGCAAUGGAACGUCUGCUGAGUGAUCCAAACUGA